CAUCCCUAACUGACUCUUUUCGUGGUGCGGACGCAAUCUGCAAACUCGUGGCGAAUUUUUGUAUUACAUUUUCGUUGUCCAUUUGCAUAGCAAAACAAGAUGCCGGGCGUUGAAACAAUCAAAUCAAGUUGGGCCGAUGAGGUGGAGCUGGACUACGGCGGCCUGCCACCAACAACGGAGACCAUUGAGAAUGGCCACAAAUAUGUGACCGAAUACAAAUACAACAAGGAUGAUAAGAAAACAAAAGUGGUGCGCACUUACAAAAUAUCCAAGCAGGUGGUGCCAAAAACUGUUGCCAAGCGCCGCACCUGGACCAAAUUUGGUGAUUCGAAGAACGAUAAGCCCGGCCCCAAUUCGCAGACCACAAUGGUGUCCGAAGAGAUCAUAAUGCAGUUCCUCAACUCUAAGGAGGAUGAGAAGGCAAACGAUCCGUUGCUGGAUCCCUCCAAGAACAUUGCCAAGUGCCGUAUUUGCAACGGUGAGCAUUGGUCGGUCAAUUGUCCCUACAAAGGUACCGCCAUGGAUACGAAUCUUAUGGAGAAGAAGGCCGCUGCCGCUGCCUCUGCGGCCGUCGAUGCACCCAAAUCCGGCAAAUAUGUACCGCCAUUCCUCAAGGACAGCCAAAAGGGCGGCAUGGGUAUGCGUGGACGGGACGAUACGGCCGCCAUACGCAUCUCCAAUCUGUCCGAGUCGAUGACCGAGGCCGAUCUCGAAGAGCUGGUGAAGAAGAUUGGCCCACAGAGCAAGAUGUACCUGGCCCGCGACAAGAACACCGGCCUCUGCAAGGGUUUCGCCUACGUACACUUCAAGCAGCGCAAGGAUGCGGCGGCGGCCAUCGAAAUAUUGAACGGACAUGGCUACGAUCACUUGAUCCUCAGUGUUGAAUGGUCCAAGCCUCAGAACAAUUAGAAAACGGCGAGGUGUGUGGAAUCCUGUGGGUGUGUAUGCAGCAUGGCGUCGAUGCCUAGAGAGGGGACAUUGAAGUUGAUGUUGAAGAAUAUGUAAAAUCCUUUUAGUUUUUUUUUUUAAUGCCCGAAGCAUACCGCAUGUGUUACCAAUAAACAGUACACUGUGUCUAAGCUAUAAGUUUGCUAAAAUACAAAAACGAAAUAAAAACAAUACGCUCUGACGGCGCCCAACAA